UCUGGGGUUAAACAAGAUACGACAAACCUUUAUGAAUUGCUGCUGAUUAUGCACGACGAAUCCCUCGCAUAAGGCUACCAUUCAAAGCCUGGUACCUCCAUGUAUAAUUCAUAUGAAAUAUAAUACAUAGUAUAUCACCGUCGUCGAGCUAAGCUUUGGAAUAAAUAACCCUGCAGCCACCCACGAGUGCAAUUUUAACGUCUUGUCAUCCCUUGAGCCUUAACCUCUAGGGCUCUAGUGCCGUUUUCAUUUUUAAAAAGAUCUACUUCUCGCGCGUCUGCUUCUCAAUUCUCAUAGAUGAGAACAUACCUUUUAGGUACCUAGAUGAAUAUGGCGGCGACAGACGACGUAAAGCGUUCUUCUGAUGGGAAUGAGCCUCGGCCGACGUCCGCGACAUACGAGCGACGUGUCGAAAAAGAUGCUCAUCUCGCCGCUGAAGAAGGCUUCGUAGCCACUGACAGCAAUGGCGAGCCAGCCGUUCAGCUCGACAGACUGGCUGAGAGGAAGCUUCGGAAUAAGAUAGACUUGAUGGUUGUACCUACAGUCUCAUUAAUAUAUCUCUUCUGCUUCAUCGACCGCACGAAUAUCGGUAAUGCCAGGUUGGCCGGACUAGAAGUAGACUUGGGCAUGUCGGGGAACGACUACAACAAGCUUCUUUCUAUCUUCUUCAUCUCCUAUAUCAUCUUCCAGAUCCCGUCCAAUUUAGCUUGCAAGGCGAUUGGUCCGGGUUGGUUUAUCCCCUUCCUCUCCCUCGGUUUUGGUGUCUGCUCGUUGGGAAUGGCCUUCGUUCACAAUUUAUCGGCGGCUUGUGGUGUUCGUUUCCUCCUCGGCCUUUUCGAGGCCGGCAUGAUGCCUGGUAUCUCAUAUUACCUCUCGCGAUGGUAUCGUCGUUCCGAAUUGGUCUUUCGGAUCUCAUUAUUCAUCGUGAUGUCCCCAUUGGCCGGUGCGUUUGGUGGACUGCUUGCUUCGGGCAUCCUCAGUCUAUCAAACAUUGGUAGCGUCACAGCUUGGCGCAUGAUUUUCUUGGUCGAAGGAAUCAUUACCAUGGGAUUAUCCCUGAUCGCCUUCAUCACAUUAACCGAUCGCCCCGAGACAGCCCGCUGGCUCUCGGAAGAAGAAAAGACCCUAGCCAUCGCCCGUGUAAAGUCGGAAAUGCUAGGACAGUCUAAGGUGCUCGACAAGACAGACCGCAACAAAGUCUGGUUAGGGAUCUGGAACCCUGUCGUGAUAGCGACAGCCUUCAUUUUCCUGUUUAACAACAUCACCGUACAAGGUCUCUCCGUCUUCACCCCCACCAUCGUCGCCAGCAUCUACCCGAACUACACGACGAUCCGAAAACAGCUCUACACCGUCCCCCCCUACGUCGUCGGCGCCGUCUUCGAGGUCGCCAUCCCGUUAAUAAGCUGGCGCACCGACCGACGGCAAAUCUUCAUCAUCCUAACCGCGCCUUUCACGAUGAUGGGGUACAUAAUGUUCCUCGCAUCCAAGGACCCCAAGGUGCGGUACGCCGCGACUUUCUUCACGGCGAUCAGCACCUUCGCCGUCGGCCCGCUCGUCAACGCGCAGGUGUCCGCGCAGGUCAUCAGCGAUUCCGCGCGGUCCAUGAGUCUCGCCACGAAUAUGAUGCUAGGCAAUAUCGGCGGCUUAGUCGCGACUUGGAGUUAUUUAAGCUGGGAUGGACCGGAUUAUCCUAUUGGUAAUGGAUUGAAUCUGGCUGCGUCGACUAUGAUGUUGAUUAUUGGGACGGCGACCCUGUUGUGGAUGAAGGCGGAUAAUAAACGGCGCGAUGGGAAGGAUGUGAGUAAGGCGUUGGAGGGGUUGUCGCAGAGCCAGAUUGAGAGUUUGGAGUGGAAACAUCCUGGGUGGAGAUGGAAGCCUUGAGUUAACUGUCGCUGAGUAUUACUAUGGAUAGGUACCUGUUUGGUGGAUGAGGUUAAAAAGGGGUAUCUGUAUGGAUAUAGACGCGCAUGUGGGUUAUCGAGCAAGCGUAUAAAAAUGGGAUUGGGUUAUG